GGUGUCCAGGCGGUGCGACUGCUCCAGGGCGAGAGAAGUCUGGGCGGGGCGUCGGGGGCGGCCCCUUCUGCCCACCGAUAACAAGCUCAUUCCCAGGGAGCCGGCCCGACCAGACUGCCCCCUCCGCCUCGCCGCCCCAAUAAGGCUCCGUCACCUCUCCGAGAGCUCGGAAAGGUCUUCAGAGGGGUCGUCGCUAGCUGCUUCCCACCGGCUUCCGAAAGUCUGGGCAGGGGCAGCUGGCAGGUGCAUGUGCCUGGACGAAGGGCUGCGCCUGGCUCAGUCACUAGCGGUCUCUGCCUCGGUCCGCAGAUCCGGGGGAUGCUUCUCGCCUGGCCCUGCCUCCACGAAAGAAGCGCCCAGGGGUCCUAGGAGAGCGGAACGCCGACACCAGCGCGGACACCGCGGGCCAUGAGUCCUCCGGGAUUACGAGCGUCGCUCUCGCUGCUCCUGCUGCUGCUGCUGCUGUUGGCCGGCUGCCUCCUCGUGGCCGCCCACAGGGACAAGGGGGCGGCGGGCGGCCCGGCGCUGGGCUCCUCGGGUCGCUUCGUCAGCCCCGAGCAGCACGCGUGCAGCUGGCAGCUCCAGCAACCGGCCUCGGGGGCCGCGGCGGGCAGCGAGCUGGCGCUGCGCUGCCGGAGCCCGGACGGGGCGUUCCAGCAGUGCGCCUACCGCGGCGAGCCAGAGCGCUGCGCUGCCUACGCCGCCCGCCGCGCGCACUAUUGGAAGCAGGUGCUGGGCGCGCUGCGCAAGAAGCCGCGGCCCUGCCAGGACGCCGCGCCGCUGCGCGCCCGCCUGUGCGCCGGCAAAAAGGGCCACGGCGCCGAGCUGCGCCUCGUAGCCGGCGUGUCUGCGCCCGCCGGGCCCACUGUCGCGGGCAGCGCUGGGGAGCCCAGACCGCGGGCCAGGAGCCGGGGGCGGCCCCGGGAUCCAGCGCGCGGCCCGGCCGCGGGGGUCCCACCUUCCCCGAGUGCGCCCUCCAAAGAAAAGCCCCCCGAGAAGAAGAGCAAAGCGGGCAAGAAGAAGGUGGUCUCGGUCCCCCGUGACGAGCGCCCCACGGGGACCGGCCCCGACUCCGACGGGCUGAGCGAGAACGCGGAGCUCACGGAGACCUACUGCGCGGAGAAGUGGCACUCGCUCUGUAACUUCUUUGUCAAUUUCUGGAACGGCUGAGGCUGCGGGCCUGGGGAGAGGUGCGGGGGUCGGGUGGGGGGAGGUCAAGUGCAGGAGCAGGGGCGGGGUAGCCAGGGCCGUCGUAGACCGAGGGAUCUCGAGUUAGAGGGGAGGAAGCCGGGUUCUGGAACGGGGCGGGGGUGCCUCUCCGGGCCAGCAGAGAAAUUGAAGUUUCUGAAGUCUCGGACCUGAUUAAGGACAGAAAAAACAGUGGGCACAGAAACAGUACCUUAAGGAUGCAAAAACUGUAGGCUAGGGAGAGAGGUAGGUACCGAGAGAGGCGAAAAAUAAGGUUGGGGGUGUGUGGGAAAUAGUCAUUAAAGUGGUGGGAAGCUUGCGCCCGAAGCAGGAUGGAAUGUAUUUUGUUGAACACGUUUAUAUGAGGUUGUAACAGGAGCAGGUGACAACCUUCUCACUCCAUCGGUUGACAAGAUUACCGACUUUUGCCUUUCUGAAUUGGUACGAACUUGGGUGAUGCCUGGUGUCAGAGAUGAUCUCUCUAUGAGAAGCCUCAUGGGGAAAAACUGGCUCCAAGGGUUUUCAUAGGGCUGUCUCUCUGUUCUUUGAAAAAAUGUUACUUUUUAACCCAAUGAUGCUUAAUGUUCCGGAACUUUCCCCAUAACCUUCUAAAUUCAGAAGGAAAUCAUAGAAGUUGAGUGUACCCAUAGCUUGUUGUUGUUAACAAGCAAUUCUGUUUGUAUUUGACCAAGUGUUUAAGAACACCUAAAAUGUAAGUGUGCAUCUCAGAGUUACUUCCACCUUUAGGAAAAUUGUAUCUUUUGGAUUCAUGUAAUUAAUUAAUUUCAUUUUUAAUGUGAUGCAAUGACAGACUUUGCAUAUGUUAGGUGCUCAAUAAAAACUGUAUGGCCAGAUUUACUGAAA